AUGACUGCUCAUCAACUGAAAUUAGAGGUGGAGCAAAGGUAUUCGAAAGUUGUUUCUGACGAUACAAUCCGUAGAAUUUUAAAAAAAGCUGGAUAUGAUAGCCGAGUAGCCCGUAAGAAGCCAUAUAUUUCGGAGAUAAAUAGGCAGAAGCGCAUGGAUUUUGCAAAUGAAUACGUUUCAAAACCCCCAGAAUUUUGGAAUAGUAUUAUUUUUACGGAUGAGAGCAAGUUUUGCAUCUUUGGGAUAAAAGGUAAGAAACUGGUAUGGAGAAAGACGGGAAAGGCGUAUGAAAAAGAGAAUAUGGUACCAAGUGUAAAACAUGGUGGAAGCGGUGUUAUGGUUUGGGGCUGUAUGGCAGCCAACGGUGUUGGAAAACUUACAUUUAUUGACUCCAUAAUGGACCAGAGACUAUAUAUACAAAUUUUGAAAGAUAAUCUUCUGCAAAGUGUUCGGCAACUGGGGAUGGAACAAGAUUUUCGGUUCCAACAAGAUAACGACCCCAAACAUACCGCGCAAAAUGUCAAGCUCUGGCUUUUGUACAAUGUAAAAAACCAGUUGCGAACGCCUCCUCAAUCUCCGGACCUAAAUCCCAUUGAACAUUUGUGGGACUUGCUUGAGCGUAGAAUCCGAAAACACGCCAUAACAUCAAAAAAAAUGCUUAAGGAUAUUAUAAUGCAGGAAUGGGGAAAAAUUGCGCCAGAAGAUACAGCGAAACUUGUGGAUUCAAUGCCCAGGCGUCUUAUUGAAGUACUAAAGAGAAAAGGAUAUCCCACUAGAUACUAG